ACUCGGAAGGCUACAUAGUUAGCGUUUGCGACUGUUCGUGCACUCCAAGAGAAACAGAUAGCGACAACUACGCUUGAUCGGGGGGGAGGGGGGGGUCGGAGGUUCGUGGAAAGAGAGGUGACGAGAAAGUGGAGGUCGACUUUGUCUCAUACAAGAAAAGGGGGGAGAAAUGACAUAGGGGCCAGCUGUGCAUUUUCUCGCACUCAGUACCAAGCUCCACGACUCGACGAGGCAGCAAAGUCCUGAGGAAAGGGCAGAACCGAAACCUGGUUACUGUUCCUUUUCUUCUGCCUAGUUUCAGCUCGUCUCUUCCGCUCUGCCACCUACCAGUCCUCCACUCCUCAAAGAAGGACCCCGGCGGUCUCCGCGCUGGCUGAGUUUUCCGGUGGAUGGUCUCUUUUGAUUAAACCCUUUCACUGUGUAUCUCCAGGACUGUCUUUUCCCGUCAGCCGCAGUCCGUUGUCGUUUCGUGACCCUGCCUCGCCUUCUCUCUGUCCCCCCGUCAUUUCCUGCUCGGUUCGAUAUUCUUGUCGCCGCGUGUCUUUCCCUGUUUAGUCGCUGUUUCGCACCGCUCUCUUCGUUCCAUUUGGCUCCUCCUCCUUGUCUCUGUCCUCUGUUUCCCGCUGUUUCUCCCGACCUUCCCUACAACUCGUCUUCGUCUGCCGAGCGCCCCGACCUUUUCCGAAGCCUCUCCCGGUCUCUAGUCUCCGGACGUCGUCACUCCGCUUCGGCUCUUCUUUCCUCUGUCGGCGCUGGUGUCUGGCAAACGACAAGUUUCUCGCUAGGUUUUUCAGCAAAGGCACCCGCGGGUAUUCGGGUUCCCUUUUCUUCUGGCCUCUCACAGCUGUGACAGUGACCGUCUCGCUUUUUCCAGUUUCCAGGAGCUGUUUUCUCUCGUUUGAAGGGAUUGUGCAUUAGACGUAGAUAAAAAUGCGAAGGGAGAGAGAGUACUCGCCGCCGCGGUAUGGCUCCCGUCGAGACGACCGAUCGUCCUCGCUAGACGGGCCAAUGCGGUCCUACGAUCGCGAGGACCGGGGCAAGUUUCUAGGUCGGAGAGAACGAGGCAGAGAGAUGUCUUCAGACAGGUCGCCUUCUCCGAGGAGGCGUCGCGACGACGGCCGCCGAGAUGAUUCUCUCGACGACCGCCCUCCUGGGCGCUACUCCCCCGGAGACGGCUACUACCACCGCCGGCGCUAUCCGAUGGACCACGAUUCGCCUUAUACUCGGAGAGACCGGGAUGGGCGAGACGAGAACUUCCGCGGUGCGAGGAACUCGUCCCCUGGAGAGCCCGGAGACGACUUCAGAGGCCGAUUCCGGGGAGACAAGUACGGAUCGGGUUCCGGAGAGCAGAACAAACACCGCAGGUACUCGGUGGUCGCGAGGGGCGUCGACCGUAGCGCUACUCAAGAUGACUUGAGAAAGUUCUUCGGCAGAUGCAGCGACGUGAAAGACGUCUACAUUCCUCUCCACUACAAAACCAAACAGCCCAGAGGCUUUGCCUUUAUUGAGUUCGAAACCGAGUGGGCCAUGGUGAAGGUCUUGAAGCAGCUGCAAGGCGUAGAGUUCCUCGGCCGCCGCCUGAUGCUCGAAGAGGCCGAGGGCGAGCCCAGUACAGCUGAAGAAAUGCGUCGUCGGUUCCAGCAGCGUCGUCAGUGGCGCCAGGAGAACGGUGACUUCGGCGAUCAUCACAGAGGAUAUCGCAGAGGAGGGGGCCCCCCUCUAUAUCGACAAAGUCGCAAUGAGCGGCGGUUUUCAAGAUCCCCCGACAGACGCGGAGAAUAAGAAUCCUCUCGCAGAGGGCCGCGGCCUCGGUCUCCUGGAGGCUUCAGAACGGAUGCGUUCGUCCCGCAGCGAAACCAGGGGCGCCUUUCGCCACCACAGCAGAAGUGUGAAGUGAAGGACUUUCUUUGUGCUUUCGUCUCUUGUCAAUAAGAGAGCAGAGCAAGAGCGAAGCUGGAAAGGCCGACCGAGCAGCAUAGAGACGCCAGAGUCGGCAAAUGGAGGCGAGAAUGGGGGGACAAGAAGGUCAGGCGAGAAGAAGGUGACAGUUCUUGCUUGGACCGGCCAGAGAGGUGCCGAAGAAUGUUUAUGGGGACCCAAGAGGCCCCGCAGUCGAAGCUGAGUGGAUCUCUGCUCCGGCAGGCUUCAUUCCGCGCCUUCUCUUCGUUAUCCUCCUCCUGUCUCGGACUUCCGCGUUCGGUUUAUUUGGCUUCAACGGGAGUUGAAUUGCUGGGAGGAAUUUCCUCUUCAGACCUAGGCUGGGGAGGGUUCAACUGGAGUUGAAUUGCUCAGAGGAACUUGUGUUUAGACUUGCCUUGCUCUCCGUCCCCCCUCCCCCCUGUUCACUGCUGGACGCCUUGUCUCAAUGAGGGUGCGCAGGAGGCGGCUUUGCCGUAGGUCUGUCAAGAGCCCCGAGUCGCCAGCUCCUGAGCCCAGAGGCUCUGGCCUUUGCAAGAGCAAGAAGUCAUUUUCUGAACGGAAAGAGAACCUGGUGGGUGGUUCGCGCAUGCGGAGUGUCUUUUGUCAGAAUUCGAGACCAACUCUCUUUUCACAGUGACGACCAGGACGUCUGCCACCGUACACUCUCAAGCGGAGCGAGGGAGAAGUGCCUGGUUGCGACCAAGUAAAUGGGCCUGCACUGGAUGUGUGCAACUCGUCCUUUUUUUCCUCUGGCGGAAGACGUGAAUAAGGGGAGGGACGAGCGACAGGGGAGCACCCAGAGUGAACGUUUCGCCGUGGUCUUUCCCUUUCUUAGCGGAAAGCAAGUUGGACUGGAAGCGCACUUGCUGUUGUUGUUCCCCGCGCCGUCUCGAGCCGCCUUUCAAGUUUUUGUCUUCGGCGCAUCGCCAGCGCACACCGCCCCUUUCGUGAUUUUUGUUGCGUUUUCAACAGUCGUGUUUCUUCUGUUCUUCGUCGUGUCUGCACCGCGUCUGUCUCCGCAUGAGUCUCAAGUGUCUUUGCACGUGCAACAGUUUUCAUGCCUCUUCAUGUCCGCUGCGUCGUUUCCAGCUUUCGGCCCUUUUCCCCUUGUUUUUUAAUCGGCUUGUAUGGCUUUUGCUCAUCGGAAUGUCGCGGUCAUUUGAGCGCAGCAUUGCUCGAGGAAGAAAAAUGACGACAGCGAUGGGAACAGUGUAGCUACCUGUAAGGACCAGAGGCGGAGGUGUUUGCAGCUUUGUUCCUUGCGCAUUCAAUGAAGAAAGGAGAAACUGAACUAUCAAGCACUAGCAGAGACCGCGUUUUCUUGUUUUUAUGGCCUGAAUCAGACCGUGUUCCAAUGGAAGCCUGCAAGAAAAAGCAGAGAAGAGGGAACAGGUAUCUGGCAAAACCACUGAUGGACCCUUGCGUGUAUUCGAGUUUUUUCCCUUCUGUGCCCGCUCGGCCUCUGCUGUCAUUUCUCUUUGCUGCACGCAAGACCGUGACCUUCCGUUUUUGCGAAACAUGUUAAAUGUGGAAAAUUGCCGGAUCCUGCCCACGCGCCGACGAGAGACUGUGCAAGACACAGCGCCUCCAUACAUCCAGUGCCGCACUGGGUUGACCAAAGUCUUCUCUGCAGGCAUGCUUUGUUCAUCGCUUCC